AUGAGCACAUCACAACCGUCGACAUCUGCGGGAAUGGACCAACGCAGAAAAGAUGCCCUCAAAGGCUAUAGAGAUAAAAUGCGGCACCAUGAGUCGAGUAGUGAGAGCUUAAAGAACCUCAGAUUCGCUCUCAAGGACUUGGAGAAAGAGUAUGCGAAGACGGAGGAUGAUAUCAAAGCUGUCCAGUCAGUUGGGCAGAUUAUUGGAGAGGUCAUGAAGCAACUAGACGAUGAACGAUUCAUCGUGAAGGCAUCUUCUGGGCCCCGCUACGUCGUAUCCUACAGACCAACACUUCCAGCAGCGAAACUCAAGUCCGGGACGCGUGUCAGUCUCGAUAUGACCACAUUGACUAUCAUGCGUAUUCUUCCGCGGGAGGUUGAUCCUCUUGUCUACAAGAUGAGCUUAGAAGACCCUGGAAAUGCGUCCUUUGCAGGUAUUGGUGGCCUCGGAGACCAAGUGCGAGAGCUUCGAGAGGUCAUCGAACUGCCUUUGCUUAACCCUGAACUAUUCACACGCGUUGGCAUCAAGCCACCAAAAGGUGUUCUUUUGUAUGGGCCUCCCGGGACGGGCAAGACACUUCUUGCCCGUGCAGUGGCGGCAACAUUACAGACCAACUUCCUUAAGGUUGUCUCGUCAGCAAUAGUCGACAAGUACAUCGGCGAGUCGGCGAGAGUUGUACGUGAGAUGUUUGGCUACGCAAAGGAGCACGAACCCUGUGUCAUCUUCAUGGAUGAAAUCGAUGCCAUUGGUGGGCGACGGUUCUCAGAGGGUACGAGUGCGGAUCGGGAGAUUCAAAGGACGCUCAUGGAGCUGUUGAAUCAAAUGGACGGGUUUGAUUCCCUUGGACGGACGAAGCUCAUAAUGGCGACAAAUCGACCAGACACACUCGACCCUGCGCUGAUGCGACCUGGGCGAUUGGACCGCAAAAUUGAAAUCCCUCUGCCGAAUGAACAAGCACGAUUAGAAAUUCUGAAGAUCCAUGCCGGGCCUGUGAAUAAAGACAAAGAGAUUGAUUACGAGUCCAUUGUGAAGCUCUCUGACGGGUUUAAUGGUGCUGACUUGCGAAAUGUCAUCACUGAGGCUGGCAUGUUCGCGAUUCGAGACGACAGGGAAUACGUCAACCAAGAGGAUUUGACGAAGGCCGCACGGAAAGUUUCCGAAGCGAAGAAGCAUGAGAGCAAACUGGAGUACACGGCAUGA